AAAUGGCGGUGGCAAAGUUGGGAUGGGGCGAUGAUGGUGAUGAGAUGACGAUGGCGUGUUUUGGGAUUAUAAACAUGGGAGAGAGAACAAAAUUGAACUCAUUUUCCCUUUCGCCUAAUACCCAUUAUCACUUCUUCCGUCUUCUCCUCUUCCAUCACCAUUUCCAGUUGAACACCCCCUUUUCCCUUUCCCUCCUCCAUUUUCUCUCCCAUUUCUUGCUGUUCUUCUGUUUAAUCGGUGAAUAAUCGGGAUUCUCGAUCUGGAGGUGUUGAUUUUUGGUUCGGAGAUGAUUUUUCUCCUGGAUUCUUUCACCCGACAGCUAAUUGGGGUGCUUACUCGUUCCGUUGGCAAUGACGAAUUGUAUGUCUUUGGAUGUCGAUUUGAAUGGAGGUCGGAAGAACUUUGCUCAUUAUGAACUUUGGAUAUCCCACAUCUGCUUGAUUUUGUUUAUGACAAACUCCAUGAGCAUGGAUGAGGGUAUGGCUAGAUCAUGGAUACAUUUGGAAGAUACAUAGCAUUGGCUUAUAUUUAGAUCUCGGAAUUGUAAUUGUUUGGUUGUUCUUCUUUCAUCAGGGUACAAAUAAGCAUCAGUAGUUAAGAAUUUAAAACUGUAGUGCUUUAAGGUAGAUGAUCGUCCAUUAGAAACCUCGGUAGAGUAAGGCUCCCUCAACAUGCACUCGGAAGGAAAGAAAAAUUAUAUAUGUAAUUGAAAAAAGAGAAGGAACCUGAGUGAAGUCCUAUUUGAAAUAUACGAGUUAGUUUCUGGAAAGAUCGACCAUGGGGUUGCCACAAGUCCCCAUCAGUGCGAAAACUGAGGAGGUACCAGCAGGCUCAUUGAGCAUGUUUCUGCAGAGUCCUCCAUGUUUUAACGAUGUGAGUUCCUGCAAUUUGGCUGGAAGCUGUAAUGGAGGCUCGAGCAGGUGUGAUGAGAGUACACCGUACUCUUCCUCCGGGGAUUCCGAGAGAAACUUCUACAUGGAGCUUCCAAAUUUUCGUGGGAACUUGGCUACGGUUGGUGGGGGAUUUGAAAACGCUUCCAAUUAUCAUGGACCGAAAAUUGGGUCUAUGGAUGAUGGUUGCUGGCUUAACUCUAAAUGUGGACGAGAGAGCCAUAAGCCUGUUGCUAGGAUAGUGGGAUUCGUGUCGGGGGAAACUAGUUCUAGAAAGGAUGAAAAGGUAGCCGAGAUUAGGAUCAAUGAACAUGAAUCAAGUGGUUCAGCAGUCAGAAAGCGGCUGUUAUCUCCACUGAGCAGCAUGCUUUUUCCAGACCAGUUUAAGGGUGACCCGUUGGACAUUGAUAGCAGAAAAACCGAUUCCUCGAUAUCUGAAAACUCAAGAACUGCUGCUGCUGUCCAUGAUUUCAAGAAAGCUCAUGUUGGAAGCAAAAAUGAUUUUACCUUGCAAACCCGAUCUCUAGCAGGCUUAUUAGAACAGAAAAAAUUGCUGUAUGACAGUGGUGUUGUGAAAUCAGUCGUUUUAAGUGUAGAAAAUAAGAACUCUCUUGCUCGGGACAACAUUUUAUCUUGUCCAGGUCACGAUGAACUCAGUAAGUUGAGUUGCAUAAGAACCCACGACGAUUCUGGAAGUCUAUCUCCUGAGAUGGUGUCUAUGGGACCUCUUUCUCUGUCACCUCUUGGUCCAAAGAUUUCAGAGAGAAUGAAAAAUGCAGGACGAUGCAGAAACAUCAAGAAAGAGAAUGUCGGUUAUCAUUCACUUCUUGGCGAUAUCGAAAAAUCUUAUGAAGAGGAAAUGAAAUCGUUUGAAGAUGUUAUUUUGGCGAAAGAGUUUCGACCAUCCUCCUUGGAAUGUUCCAAGAGUGCUCGUUGGAUUAUGUCUCAGGAUUCGGUCCCUACUUCCCGGAGCAUGCGCUUUGUUAGAAGUUUGAGUGGACUUUCUGUAAGGAGAUCGUUGGUUGGUUCAUUCGAGGAGUCAUUAUUAUCCGGUCGAUUCUUAUCUGGCAAACCGUGUCAGCAAAUUGAUGGUUUUCUGGCUGUUCUAAGCAUUACUGGAGGGAACUUCUCACCACAUUCCCAGAAGCUGCCAUUUUCAGUAGCAAGUGUGGAUGGAGAUCGCUUCUUACUAUAUUAUGCAUCCAUUGAUCUUGCUAAAAGUUCCUUACUAAACAAAUAUAGAGAUAAGAAAUCCAAACAGGUUCCGAGCAACGAUGAGUUGCAAACGGUGAAGAGCCGUCUUCGGGUUCCUAUGAAAGGGCGUGUUCAACUGGUUCUCAGCAAUCCUGAGAAGACUCCAUUGCACACGUUUCUCUGCAAUUACGAUUUGAGCGACAUGCCUGCUGGCACUAAGACCUUCUUGCGCCAGAAGGGAACUCUAGCUUCCUCCAAUUCAGCUUCUAUGCAGUCGAAAGAAGGGAAGGUCGACCACGACAAUAAAAUGGCGGAUAAUUCGAUAUUAGCUUCCCAAAAAGGUGAUACCGAUGUGGCUAGCAAGAACAUUACAGAAACCAAUGGAAUUAUUACUGGACACGAAAGGGACAGUGCGAAAAAUGGAAACAGACGAAGAGAAGGCUCUGAUAACGGGGACGGGUCAGAGCGGUUUUUCGAUAACCAAAAGACAGAUGCUACUUCUCUAGGUGUUGAGAAUCAGUACCAGAGGGGGCCUGAUCAGAAGGAUGGCUGCUGGGUUGAUAAUUGCUGUGAAAAUGACAAGAAACUGAAGGUCAAUGAGAAUCCUGCUGGCGCUCUCCGCUACGCUCUUCACCUCCGUUUCCUUUGUCCAUUACCAAAAAAAUCUUCUAGAUCAUCUCGGAAAUCCAAAUCCGAGCCAGUCUCCGAGCAAAACAAGCCUAACCUGGAUACAGAUGGUGAAAGAAAAUUCUAUCUAUACAACGACAUGCGGGUCGUCUUCCCUCAACGCCAUUCAGAUUCCGAUGAGGGCAAGUUGAAGGUGGAGUACCAUUUUCCAGAUGAUCCCAGAUACUUCAGCAUCAGCUGACAUGUUCUUCUCCCAAGCUCCAGCCAAGGCAAGGUUUGUUCUUCUCUAACAUACCCCUUAGUGUACAUAUUUACUGUGUUUUCUGACAUUUCCAUUUCAAAAAUGGCUUAACCCACUUCCCAUCAUCCUCUGUAUUUUAUCUCCUCCAUGUUGAACAAGGUUCUUACCUCUCCCUUGCUCUGCCAUUGUUCCAACCAGACAACUUCAACUGGAAAACAAAAUUAAUGAAAAUCUCUUAAGUUAUGAAUGUAAAUUUAU